GUAAAUGGUUUCUAUAGCAGCAGCAAGGUUGGCAAACAGGGCUGGGCAGAGACAGCAGAGUUUCCAACCUCCCAAGGUAUUUAAGCUGUUACUCUUCUGCACUGCUCCUUCUUCUGAACGAUACAUGUAGGAGAUGCAGCCUGAAAAGUCAAAGAAAUUCUCUGCUUCAAAAAUGACUCACACACGCAACCUGGCACCUAGUUUCAAACAAAUGGAUACGCUGAGUUCAAUUGAGGCAGAGUACAUAAAGAAUCUACAGAAAGAAGUCUACCUACUGGAACUUGAGACAUCAUUUCUAAGAGAGCAAGCUAAAAAGGCUACCAGUAUUCAACCAAAAAUCAGCACUCAAGCGGAAAAAGUGUUGCAGAAGAUGAAGGAAUUACAGUCAGAAAUAAAUACUUCUCAGCUGGAACUUGGAAAGAAAGAGAACAGCACCAAGUUUUUCGAUGCAGAAAAUCAAGCCAUGCAUAAACGUCUGCAAACUCUAUCAGAUGCAAAUACUAGAGAAAAGCUGUUAUUAAUGGAGGAUGUUACAAAGCUGAAGAAACUUGCUGAGAUUGUCAUUCAGGACAUUUCACACAAAGAAGCAGAGCUACUAGAAGUUCAGAAAGAGCUACAGAGGGCCAUGAAUUCCAUGAAAGAAAAAGAGCAUAAGCGCCAUCAUUUGGAAAAUCAACUACACCAGCAGAUUCAACACCACCAAGAUAUGGAAGCAAAGCUUGUGGAAAAUAGAUCAGAAUGUGUAAGAGUGCAGGCGUUGCUCCACCAGCUGGAGGAGAAAUACCUUACUAGCUCACAGUCCAUGCAGCAGCAUAUUGCUAAAGAACUUCGGGAGGAAGCUGAAAAAUUAAGACAGCAGCUCAAAGAAAAAGAACUUUCUGCUGAUGAGGAUAAAUAUUUACGCAACAAAAUGGCAGAAGAUUGUGGAUAUCUGACAAAAGAAAAUGGCUUCUUACAGUCUCAGGUUCUGGAAGCAACCAGGCAACUAGAUAGAGAGAGGCAGCUGAGAGAGGAGGAAAGCACCUGCCGUACAAGGAGGAUUUCUGAGCUAGCCUGUGAAAAGGAGAAAGAACGACAACUUGCGAUGGAGCUCACUUACGUGAAGAGACUAUUGCAGGAUGAAAGACAGAAGGCUCUUACUGCACAAGAGCAGGUACUACGUCUCCAGCAAGAAAGGAAAUCUGUAAAUCUAAAUGGACAGUCACUUCAGAGCCAGCUAAAAGAUUUAGAAAGGAGAUGGUCAAGAGCUCAACUGGAAAAUUCAAAACUGCGAACAGAAAAAACUCAUUUAGUAGAACAUAUUUCUCAGUUACAUAAACAGAUUUCUGAGAAAGAGAAUGAAAUCCGUCGCAUGCAUGAACAUGUUAAUACUAUGUCCUAUGACCUGACUAGUCUGAAAUCUCAAGUGGAAACAGAACAUAGCUUGCAGAGAGAAAGAUGGAAAGAGUUCUCCAAUAUUCUAACGGCAUACAAGUCACCUGCUAAAUGAGCUCUAUUUAGGGAAGUAGUUACUUAAAGUGAGCUAACCUAAUAAUUUUAAAAAUGAAACUGAUACUAACAAUUAGUUCCUUAAAUUCCCAUUGUAAAAAAAAAAAAAAAAAAGUGUCCUGAUGCAUC